GAGCGGAGGCUUCUACCGCCCGGUGCGGUGGGAGGCUGAGUGGGAUGCGGCUGACACGGAAGCGCCUGUGCUCGUUUUUCAUCGCGCUCUACUGCCUCUUUUCCCUCUACGCCGCCUACCACGUCUUCUUCGGGGGCCGCCGCGGGGCGCCGGCUGCAACCUUUCGGGUCCUCCGGAAAGGGGCGGCCCCGGCCCGAGCGUGGCGCGGCCGAGAACAGUCUUCUUUGGAAAGUGAAGAAUGGAAUCCUUGGGAAGGAGAUGAAAAAAAUGAGGAAGAACGCAGAGUUAAAACUAGCCUUCAGAUAUUAAAUAAAUCCACAAAAGGAAAAACAGACCACACUAUACAAAUCUGGGGCAAAGCUGCCAUUG